CGCAGAAAUGGCGUUGCAGCCUCGUCACCGCUGGAUGAUAUCCCAGAUUGCGGCAUCCUUCGAGCUCGAGAAGGAUGAGGGCACGAUAGAGGAUGUCUUCAAGGAGACCAGCAACAUCAAGAAGAUCAACCGAUUCCUGGACGGCUCCUCAGAGGAGCAGCAUCUCUACUUCUUCUUCCAAAAGAAUGAGACACUCGAUGCCGCCGGCGAGUUCAUCGAAAAGGGCGACAGAAAAAUCAUCGUAUCAGGUGCACACAAACGCACAGGCGCCCCACACCACUGACACCGCAGGCAUUGUUUCGCAGUGUAUGGGUAGAUCUUCCACAUAUCCCUUUGUUUGUGUCUUGUCUGGUUGUUUGUGCAGAGGGGAAUGACGUUCGUUUGAAGAGUCGCAGCAUUUUCUUCCUCCGCAAUGUGGCAGAGGGAAAGAGCGUCAACCUCAACACGGCAUCUGACAACGAUGUAUGACAUACGCUGCCUGAUAAAUGCACGUACGCAUCCAGCAAAGGCUGCUGUUGUCUUGUCAGAUUCUCUUUUGUGAGGUGGCUGCCAAUCCCCUGGACAGCCUGGAUGUGUCUCUCACCAGCAUCUUCAAUUCGCUCAUCACCAACAAUCUGUCCCCCCAGGGCGCAGCGGAUGCCGCGCAGGUGCCGGAGGGGGGUUCUCCUGAGGACACCAAGAAGGCAGCCAUGCAACGGGCCGUCGCCGAGUGGGGAUCCUGCCCUGAGGAACAGAGAUCCGAGUUCCUUGUCGGAUUCGAUAAGUUCUGUGGCGAUUUAUCUGAGGCCUUGAAGUCGCUCUCUGGAGGAAUAGAACUGAGAAAACUCGACGCACAGUACGCUUAAGAGACGGCUUGAUGCAAAAAGAGGCGAGCAAGCUGCAUGCAUGGAUGUGCGACGCUGCCAUGGAUGUAGGUAUGAUUUGGCGUCCAUCACGGCCAACCCAGCUAGUUUUGCUCAGGACUCCCAUUUGGUGUCCCACUUUGAGAGUUUGCUCGAGGAUUGGUGCAGACAGAUCGAGAAGUAUCUCGAAGAGUCGCUGGACAACAGGAGAGAGCCACCUGACGCAGGCCCCAGGACCGAGGUGAGAGCAAAGAAACAUGCAGAUCUUGUCAGAUACUCGCAUUUAUAAUCCUCUUUCCCUCGUGUGAACAUUAUAGCUUGAGUAUUGGCGUCACAGAAUGCAGCGGCUGACCUCCAUUAUUGAGCAGCUGAGGAGCCGCGACUGCAAGGCUGUAUUUGCCGUGCUGCAUGCUGUCACUAAGGUGAGAGAGCCCCGGCAGACAUACCAGAGAGAGAGAGCUCACCUCUGUAUGUAUUCAGGUGACCCAUGAGGCGUCGCCCAAGGCGCGCCAGACGGUGUUCAACACGCUGAGAAGAUGGAAACAGAUCGAUGUGUCCAUCACGGAGGCCUUCAACGAGGCCAAAGACAAUGUGAAGUAUCUAACGACGCUCGAGAAGUUCAUCGAGCCUCUCUACGUUGGCACUCCGACGACUAUCGUAGACACUUUGACGGCGUUGAUGAACUCUGUCAAAAUGAUCCACACGAUCGCCCGCUACUACAACACGACGGAGCGGAUGACCAACUUGUUCAUGAAGAUCACCAACCAGAUGAUCACCAACUGCAAGCACUGCAUUCUCGAGGGCGAGCACCACGACAAGCUGUGGGAGAAGGACCCACAGAAGCUGCUUCAGACACUCGAGUCAUGCCUCAGGCUCAACGAGGCAUACCAGGAACAAUACAGGUGAGGUAUUGGUGUGGGUGUGUACAUGUCUCUGGGCUGCCUGCGUUUCUUACCAUCAGGGUGACAAAGGACAAGCUGCUGACCCUGCCCAAGGGCAAGCAGUUCGAUUUCUCCGAGACACAGAUCUUCGCUCGCUUUGAUCUCUUCUGCAGGAGAGUCGUCAAGCUGAUCGACAUGGUUCCUAUGAUGGCAAAGGGGUCGGCGUGCAACACCUGUUAUCGCUUUUUCUUGUCUUUGUCUAUGCCUUCAGUUUUCAACGAUCCAGCAGUUUCAGAAUCUGUCUCAGCAUCGGUUUGAGGGCAUGGAGCACCUGAUAGAUAACUUCCGGACCAUCAUGGAGGAGUUCAGGGCCAAGAGACACGACCUGCUCGACUUUCACAACAACAGAUUCGACAGAGACUAUGUCGAAUUCAACGUCCGCAUCUCAGACCUGGAGGCGGCACUCCAGCAGUUCAUCAACCAGGUCAGCAAAACAGUCGCAGAAUACGGGUUUGUGUGCGUAUCUGGUCUCUGUCUUGUUUGCAGUCGUUUGAGUCGAUAACCUCAAUCGAGUCCUCGCUGAAUCUGCUCAAGAAGUUCCAGUCGAUCUUGCAGCGCGACAGUCUCCGGGCUGACCUGGAGAGCAAGUUCACUGUCAUCUUCCACAACUACGGCCUGGAGCUGACGCAGGUCCAGGACCAGUACGAGCGUUUCAAGGCCAACCCGCCACUCGUGAGGAACCUGCCGCCCAUCGCGGGCAACAUCACGUGGGCCAGGCAUCUGCUCAAGCGCAUCGAGGUAAACAAGACGCCUGCGCCAAGCGGGGGUGGUUGAGAGAAACGCUUGAUGACAUGCUGCAUUGGCUUGAUCUGCAGGAGCCCAUGAAGAUGUUUCAGCAGCAUCCGCAUGUCCUCACCACAAAGGAUGCAAAGAAGAUCAUCAGAAUGUAUAACAAGGUAAGAAGCAAGAGGCCAGCCACGCCAGCAUGCGACGAUUGACUGUUCUGUGUGUGCAUCAGAUGGCCAAGACGUUGGUUGAGUUUGAGAUCAGGUGGUAUCAAGCAUGGGUCGACUCCAUCGAGGUGUGUCCCAAGCAGACGCUCCCUCGCGUCUGCAUGUCUCUGUUUCUCUCUGUCAGGCAUGCAAGGCUGGUCUGCAGGCGACACUGAUUGUGCGUCACCCUGACGACAACAAACUGUACGUCAACUUCGACUGGGAGAUCCUCCAGCUCAUCCGCGAGACCAAGUGCCUUGAUAGGAUGGCCACUGAGAUCCCUGAGACAGCCAAGAUCGUCUUGCUGCAGGAGCCCAAGUUCAAGAGCUACUACGCCGAGCUGACAUACGCCUUGAAGGAGUACCGCCGCGUCACCUCUCUCAUCCGCCCCAUCGCCAGCCAUCUGCUGCAGCCGCACCUCGACAAUCUCGAGCUGGCUCUGCGGCCGGGCAUGGUCACACUGACGUGGACAUCGAUGAACAUCGACGUCUACCUGCAGUCGGUCUAUGCGGCACUCAGCCAGCUGGAGCAACUUGUCCUGACGGUCAACGACAUCAUGGACAACCGAAUCGACAACAACCUCAAGGCGGUGUCCAAGGUGCGACUCGUCGACCUGCCUGACGACGGCGGGGCCAUCUCCCUCGACUACUUUGUCGACCUGCAGGAGAAGUACGUCAAGGGUAAGCAAGGCCGGGCAGUCGGCACCCAUAUAUGCCUCUGUUGCCUGUGCCCCUUGCAGAGAUCACGUCGUUCCUGACAUCCAAGUCCCUGGAAAUCGAAACAGCUGUCGAUGACCUACUGACCGUCAUCGUCAGCUACCCCCUCGACUCCCAUAUCAAGGUAUGCAAAGCAGGAAGCAGAGCAGCUAUGAACUGAUGUCGCAUGUGCUGUAUGUGUUGGCAGGGUGUCUUUGAGCCCAAUAUUGUGAAGCUCAAGGGCCACUACAAUUGGAGCAUGUACCAGGUAGACAUAGGUGGAUGCAAACAAAGAGCUUCAGAUAUGUAUGUAUGUGUCUUGCAGUCUCUUCUGAACGCCACGAAGCAGUCUCUAUUCGCUCUGAAGGGGCGUCUGCAUGUGCGGCCGCAGCCUACACGUGAGAUAAAUGUCCGUGUCCUCGUGUGGUUCACAUUCGUAUCUACGGUUUCCAUCAGUCAACAAUGCAGCCGCGAUCUUGAUGGGUGCCCUUCACGUGCCGCCUCCCUUCUUCGAGGUCGAGUUGCAGCUCGAUGGCACAUCCGUCAAGCUGUACCCAUUGAUCGAUGAGAUUCAAAACACCAUCAACAAGGCGGCACUCGCCGUGCUGAAGUGCUCCAAGGUACACAAGUCACGCGAUCCCCCCAGCACGUGAACAGGCAUUUUACGUUGCGUGUCCCAUCCAUCCCUAAACCAGAAUGUGAAGGCAUGGGACACGCAGACGAUUCCCAAGGUCGUGCAGCAGAUCCUGCGGCCCAACGAGAAGCAGGCACUCGCCCCUGCACGCAAGAGCCAGGGCACCUUCUACGACCGCAUCGCACAAGACAGGGAGAUCCUCAAGGUCCUGCUGCUCCUCACGGGCUCCAUCCAGAGCACCCGCAACGAGGUCGCACGGUACCUGGAGAGAUUCGAGGAGUAUGCGUGGCUGUGGCGGGACUCGAUCGACGAGACGUACAAGACCUUUGAGAAGACGGAUCCUUCCCUGGACGACUUUGAGAGGCAACUCAAGAAGUUUGUCUUUGUUGAGGAGAAGCUGAGUGAGAUGGACCAGAAACACACCAUCGGGGCCCUUCUUCUCGACACGUCAAGCCUCAUCAAAUCGGUGAGACACGUCUAUUCGAAGCCGCUUUCUUCUUCAUGUGUAUACCGGUGUGGUGAUCAUCAGUUCAAGGACCUUGCGGCCAACUGGAAGAUUGCCUACUCGAAGGAGCUGCAUCACCAGGCCAGAGAGAAGCUCGAGACUCUCACGGAGCACAUCAAGAAGACACAGAAGCGGCUUGCUCGUGAGGCCGUCGACAUCGAUGCGCUGAGACACGUCAUGGACACACUCAAGGCCAUCAGAAAGAAGGAAUCCGGUAAGCGACCAAACACUCAGCCGAUCGACUGCGUGAAAGUUUGAUGCCGUAUCGCAGAGAUUGAGCUUCAGUUUGGCCCGAUCAUGGACAUGUACAACAUUCUGGACACCUAUCUGCCGCCGAACGUCAACAUCAUGGACAAGGACGAGCAGGACCACAGAUCCAUGCUCCGAUCGUCGUGGCAGAAGCUCAUCGAAGAGGCAUGCCAACACUGACAGAUAAGCCUUCCCUGUUGAGUGUGUUGUGUUUGGUUCCAGGCCGAGAAGCGACAGGACAUCUUGAAUGAGGCGCAGGCGGACUACAAGAAGGAGCUCAUCACAAGCGUCAACACAUUCAAGAAAGACGUCAAGCAGCUGCGCGAGGACUACGAGAAGAAUGGCCCGAUGGUCGUGGGCAUCAAGCCCAGAGAGGCCGUGGAGCGCCUCAAGCGGUUCAAGGAGGAGUAUGAGGUGCGAGCGAGGAAGCAGGAGAUCUACUUCGCCGGCGAGGAGGUGUUCGGGCUGCCCCACCAAGCCUAUCCCGAGCUGGAGAAGACCAAGAAGGAGCUGACGUACCUGACCCAGCUGUACGACUUGUACGUGCAGGUCAUCGACACCAUAAAGGAGUGGAAGGAGAUCCUCUGGACGGAGGUGCCCGACCAGAUACAGGAGAUGGGCGACAAGAUCGGGGUCUUCGGCAACCAGUGCAAGAAGCUGCCCAAACAGCUCAAGGAGUGGGAGGCCUACAAUGAGCUCAAGAAGGAAAUCGAUGACUUCACAGAAGUCCUUCCUCUGCUGCAAGACCUGAGCAAGAAGUCUAUUAUGCCGCGGCACUGGAAGCAGGUUGAGGAGCUGACGGGCAAGGAGCUCAAGGUGGAGUCGGAGAUGUUCAAACUGCAGUCACUCAUCGACGCCAACCUGCUGCAAUACAGAGUGUGCAUUCAUGCACUCGAGUGCGGCAAUAUGCCUUGUCCCUUGUUUUGCGUCUUCUGCAGGAUGAGGUUCAGGACAUCACCGACGGCGCCGACAAGCAGCUGGCCAUCGAGGAGAAGCUGCGAGAGCUCGAGAGGAUGUGGAAGGAGCAGGCCUUUGACUUCAACACAUGGAAAUCGCGGUAUGCACAAAAGGGGAUCCAUGGCGCAGUGUGUCAUUCUCGUGGGCGUUUAUCUCGGUGACAGAGAUGUUCCCUGUGUGCUCGCUGGUGGUCGAGUGGGUGAGAUUCAGGAGGCCCUCGAGGAGUCACAGAUGACGCUCAACACCAUGAAUGCCAUGAGACACGUGGCCCCAUUCAAGGAGGAGGUCGUCGGCCUCCUCACCACCCUGUCUGAUGUCUCUGGUCAGCAGAGCAGGAGACUGGGUCACCGAUGAUGUGACAAUGUUGAUUUGCAGACACUAUCGAGCGUUGGGUGAAGGUGCAGAUGCUCUGGACGUCACUUGAGUCGGUUUUCACCGGUGGCGAUAUUGCCAAGCAGAUGCCCACGGAAGCCAAAAAGUUUCAGCAGAUCGACAAGGACUGGGUGAAAACAUGCGACUCACAGAAAGUGCAUCACACUUGGCUGACGGCACUCUGUCCUGCUUGUGUCUUUGCAGCUGAAAAUCAUGGCCAAGGCAGCCGAGACACGCAAUGUGGUCGAGUGCUGCCAGAACGAUCUGCUCAAACAGCUGCUGCCCGUCCUCCAGCAAGGCUUGGAGAGCUGCCAAAAGUCACUCGACUCGUAUUUGGAGGGCAAGCGGAACAAGUUCCCGCGGUUCUACUUCGUGUCGGAUCCCGUGCUGCUCAAGAUCCUCUCUCAGGGGUCGGACCCGGACUCGGUGCAGGAUGACUUCGAGAAACUGUUCGACGCCAUCUCGCGUGUCACCUUUGACAAGGCCGACCGCAAGAAGAUUGUUAAGAUCAAGUCUGUUGGCGGGAAGGCAGAUGAGGUUGUUGACCUCUCGACGCCUGUCAAGGCUGAAGGCAAUAUCGAGGACUGGCUGACAGCGCUCGAGGCAGAGAUGCAGAGGUAGGAGGCAUGUGGGUCAUGGCAUGCGGACGGCCUCGACCUUACGAAGUAUGUGGUUCUGCGUGGCUCCAGGUCGGUGCGCCGUGAGUGCAAGUAUGCAUGCCAUGACACUGGUUUGGUCUACAACGGCAUGACCCUCCUUGACUUCUCAAACCGAUACAUCGCCCAGGCACGUCAAGAGUAUUGAAGACAUAAGGAGGCGGCAACUUUCCUUCUUUUAUGUCAUUCUUGCAGGUGGCCCUGCUCGGCAUUCAAGUGAUCUGGACAGUCGACUUCCAGGAGGCCCUCGAGAAGAUGUCUCGCGAGAAGGACAAGGUCAUCAUGGGGACCACCAACAAGAAGUUCACCCAGAUGAUGACUGACCUUGUGGGCAUCUGCCUCACCGACCUCGGGUCCAAGAUGAACCGCGUCAAGUUCGAGACACUCGUCACCAUCCAUGUGCACCAGAGGGACCUCUACACAGAGAUCUGGAGGAAGGUCAAGGAGCAUCGCGUCAAGGUGACACACACACGCAUGAACACCUCCCCCUGCUGCGUUGUUGAAGACUGACCGCCACUGUCUCAUGCUACGUCUCUCCAGGACCACAACGAUUUCGAGUGGCUCAAGCAGACGCGCUGCUACUGGAAGACAGACACAGAGCACGCCCUCAUCCAGAUUGCUGACGUCGAGUUCACCUACCAGUAUGAGUACCUCGGCGUCAAGGACCGGCUGGCCAUCACCCCGCUGACGGAUCGCUGCUACCUCACCAACUCGCAGGCCCUGGGCAUGUACUACGGCGGCGCGCCUGCCGGGCCCGCGGGGACGGGCAAGACGGAGACGGUCAAGGAUAUGGGCCGCACGCUGGGUGUGUUCGUGGUGGUAACCAACUGCUCGGACCAGCAUCGGUUCAGGGACAUGGCCAAGAUCUUCAAGGGGUUGUGUCAGAGUGGGCUGUGGGGCUGCUUCGAUGAGUUCAACCGCAUCGAUCUCGAGGUCUUGUCUGUCGUCGCCAUGCAGGUCGGUAAAGAGCACAGCCACGAAAGGCAGGCUGCAUGUGCGACUCCCUGCUGUAUUUCCCGACAGGUUGAGUCCAUCACGGCGGCCAAGAAGGCAGGAACCAAGACAUUCAUGUUCCCAGGCAAGGACAGGGAGAAGCGCUGUCAGUGGAUGGGGAGCCCGUCGAUCCAUCGCUUGUGAUCGGUGUAUUCAGGCGAGGUGGCGCCGAUCCGGCUGAACACUGCCGUGGCGUACUUCAUCACGAUGAACCCCGGCUACGCCGGCCGACAGGAGCUGCCAGAGAACCUCAAGGUUCUGUUCCGCAGCGUGUCUAUGAUGGUUCCCGACCGACAGAUCAUCAUGAAGGUCAAGCUGGCCUCCGUCGGCUACGCUGAGAUGGACUAUCUCGCCAAGAAGUUCAACAUCCUGUACCGCCUGUGUGAGGAGCAGCUGUCCAAGCAGCGACACUACGACUUCGGCCUCCGCAAUAUCCUGUCGGUGCUGCGGACGGCCGGAACUGUCAAGCGAAGCGAGCCGCCAGAUGCUGACGAAGAGAUGCUCUUCAUGCGGUGAGGAGGAAAGAGAAGAAUGAAAGCGGCAACGAUACACCUCCUGGCUUAUACUGAUAUCAGAACUGUCCGUGACAUGAACCUGAGUAAGCUGGUGGCGGAUGACGUGCCGCUGUUCCUGUCUCUGCUGAAGGACAUCUUCCCCAAGGUGACCGACCCGCCCAAGAAGGUGUAUAAGGACGUGGAGGACACCGUCAAGGCGCAGAUCAAGAAGAAUCGGAUCGUCAAUCAUGACGACUGGUUCCUCAAGAUCAUUCAGCUAUAUGAGGUCCGUUGGCUAGCCAGCCAGCCAGCCAGCCAGACAUCCGCUUGUCAAACCAACAACUGUCGCUCCUGUGUGCCUCCCUUCUGUCUCCCCUGUCACGCAGACGUCUCUGGUGCGUCACGGCUUCAUGUUGGUGGGCCCGUCGCUCUCUGGGAAGACAGAGAUCAUGAGCACGCUGACCAACGGGCUGACGGACAUCGGGCAGUCAACGCGGUGCGUCGUCAUGAACCCCAAAGCAAUCACAGCGCAGCAGAUGUACGGCGUCAAGGACCCGAUCUCGGAGGAGUGGACCCCCGGCGUCUUCGCAUCCAUCUGGGCAAAGUACAACAACCGAUCACUCAAAUUCACCACCUGGAUCGUCUGCGACGGCCCCGUGGAUGCCAUUUGGAUUGAGAAUCUCAACACCGUGUUGGACGAUAACAAGAUUCUGACGCUCGCAAACAACGAUCGCAUACCCAUGACCGACAACACACGGUAAGUUAAUUGACUCGCACCGUCAUUGCAUUUCGUGUCUAUCUCAUCUGUUUGCAGUAUCGUGUUUGAGGUGGAGAAUCUGAACAAUGCGUCCCCCGCCACGGUGAGUCGAGCGGGCAUCAUCUAUGUGUCAGCCUCGGACCUGGGAUGGAAGCCGCUGAUUGAGGGCUGGCUCAACUCACGUACGGAGAUAUCCUCAUCUCGACAAGUGGAGAAGGAAAUACUCAAGGAGCUCUUCGACAAGUGAGACAAGACUUGCAUUGACUUUAGAACUUGCAGCCUUCUGGUGGUGUGUGUACAGGUAUAUGAUCGAGCCUGACAUCUUCGAUUUCAUCAUGCGCAACUGCCGUCCCGUGAUGCCCACAUCCAAUGCAGCCAUGACACUGCAGGUCAUGAACCUUCUCACGGGCAUCCUGCAGCCGCACGUUGAGGCCAACGAGGUGCUGCAGCGCCCCGCAUACGAAAACAUCAUGACGUACGCCAUCGUGUGGGGCUGCGGAGGGCUCUUCGAGCCUGACGACAGGUGAGUUGCAGCACAACCAGGUGGGCCGGGAGUGCAGUCGCUCUGUGUCUCCCACGCAGGAUGAAGCUGGAUGGUUUCCUCCGUGAUAAGUCGAAGGUGCCGUAUCCGUGCCAGGAUGGUCUCACUCUGUUCGAGUACGGCGUGCACGACGCCAGUCAUGAAUUCCAGGUAACGCCUACCCAUGCCUGUGGAUGAACGAUCACAUGUCUCCCUUCUGCUGUCAGUUGUGGCAAGCCGAGGAGUGGAAGCCGCCUAAGGGUCGCCUGUCGCCGUCAUCGAUCUUGAUCCCCACCAUGGACUCUGUGAGAGCAGAGUACCUGAUCGGGACCAUCUCGAGCAUGCCACGCAUCCGGCUGAUCAACGCCAACUUUAAGUCGGUGCUGAUGGUGGGUGGCUCGGGCACGGCCAAGACGUCGACGGCGCUGAUGUUCAUGUCCAAGUUCAAGCUGGAGGAGAUGCUGUCCAAGCAGAUCAACUUCUCCUCGGCCACCUCCCCCAACAUGCUGCAGAAGACCAUCGAGGCUGAGGUGGAGAGGAAGACCGGCAAGACAUUCUGCCCGCCGGGCGGCAAGAAGAUGACGGUCUUCCUCGACGACAUGUCGAUGCCCUUCGUCAACGAGUGGGGCGACCAGAUCACACUGGAGUUGGGACGGCAGCUCGUCGAGCAGGCAGGUGUCUACUUCCUCGACAAGGACAAGAGGUGAGGGAGUCGACCGACCGACUCAAGCUGAACUAGGGAGCAGGUGCUGUUACGGUCUUUCUUUGCAGAGGGGACUUCAAGUCGGUCAUUGACCUGCAGUACAUCGGCGCGAUGAACCAUCCGGGAGGCGGCCGCAACGACAUCCCGAAUCGCUUCAAGACCAAGUUCUUCUCCUUCAACCUCAUCCUGCCCUCGAUCAUGUCUGUGGACAACAUCUACGGCAGCAUGAUCAAGGCACGCUUCAACCCCAAGAGCUGCCCCAACCAAAAGGUACAAGCACACUGAUGCGCAGAGCGUGCGCAUCCCUACCCAGCAAGCAACCUUCCCCCUGUCAGAUCAUGGAUCUGUCCAAGAAGCUGACCAAGGCGACGAUCGAGAUCUGGUGAGACAUCACACAAAGACGGCGCAAUGGGUUGCUGUCAAUACAUGAGUGACCACCCUGCAUUAUUCAGGGAGAAGGUGAAGAACACGUUGCUGCCGACCCCGAGUCGGUUCCACUACGUCUUCAACAUGCGUGAGCUGUCUCGCGUCUUCACUGGCAUCCUCCUUUGCCCCAUGGAGGUCCUCACCUCCGAGGAAACCAUGGUAUGACACACCUAGCUCUGCCAAGUCCCCUCGCUGACUCGAUGUGUGUGUCGGCUGCCGCCUUCAGGUUGGUCUGUGGAAGCACGAGAAUGUACGAGUGUUUGCUGAUAAGCUGGCUCGUGCCAUCGACAAGGACUGGAUGGAAAAGACGCUCCACGACGUGUGCGUCACACACUUUGGCGAGAAGCUGGCAGCUGCAAACAAGGAGACACCAUGGUACGCAUACACGCAACACGGGAGCAAAGGACUUGUGCAUUUUGUGGUCACGUCCACAUUGCAGGUUCUGUGACUUCCUGAGAGACGCCACUGAGGAUGAAAAUGGUGAAGAGAUCGCCGCUCCGAGGGUGAGUACAGUGCCAGAGAGGAGAAAGUGGGAGGACAGCACUGGCCGUGUGUGUGUACUCCUUGGCCUUUGCCUGAGCAGAUCUACGAGCCCGCCACCCUCCAGUCCGCCCGCAAGAAGGCGUACGAGUAUCUGAACAAGUACAACGAGGAGAACCCCGCCAAGAGCAUGAACCUUGUGCUCUUCGACGACGCCCUCAAGCACAUGAUGAGGAUCUCACGGAUCAUCCAGCUGCCCCGCGGCUCGGCCAUGCUUGUGGGUGUCGGCGGCUCUGGCAAGCAAUCCCUCACUCGCCUUGCCGGCUACAUCGCCCGCCACAAGCGAUUCCAGAUCACCAUCACCAAGACAUACGGCGAGCAAGCCUUCUUCGACAAUCUCAGGUACACGCACCAGCAGACACCCAUGUUUGUGUGUCCUGUGACGCUGGCUGGCUCCCUUGCUGCAGGGGUCUGUACGUGGAUGCGGGUCAGAAGAACAUUCCCACCACCUUCAUCUUCACGGACCAGGAGGUCAAGCAGGAGAGCUUCCUCGAGUACCUCAACUCGGUCCUCUCCACCGGCGAGCUGGCGGGGCUCUUCCAAAAGGACGAGCGGGACGGCAUGUGCGCUGAGGUCCGCAACGACUUCGUCAAGGAGCGACCAUGGCUGGAGGAGAACAUGAUCAACAUGUACCAAUACUUCCUUGAUAGACUCAGGUGACAUCACAUCCAGGGCAUGUCCAAGUGCAACUACACAUUUCUCUUGUCCCUCCCUUCCUCCCCUUCGAUGUAUCCAGAGACAAUCUCCAUGUGGUCUUGUGCUUCUCGCCUGUGGGCUCCAAGUUUGCCGUUCGUGCGCAGAAGUUCCCCGCCCUCUUCAGCUGCGUGACCAUCGACUGGUUCCUGCCCUGGCCGGAGGAGGCCCUCAUCGCCGUGGCGUCGGCCUUUCUGUCCGAGUACAAGGUUGACACGAGCCCCGAGAACAAGGAGAAGCUCUACCGGCUGAUGGGCACGGUGCACGCACAAGUGGGCACGGUGUGCGACCUCUACUUCGCGCGUAUGCGUCGCCACGUGUACGUGACGCCCAAGACCUACCUGGGUUUCAUCAACUUCUACAAGAAGGUGUAUGAGGAGAAGUUUGAUGAGAUCAACAAGCUGGAGCGGGCGGUCAACGUGGGGCUGCAGAAGCUCAACGAGGCGGCAGCGGAUGUUGAGAAGAUGAAGGUGGCGCUGCGCGAGGAGGAGAAGAAGCUCAAGGAGUCGGAGGAGCAGACCAACAAGCUGCUGGUCAAGGUGCAGAGCGAGACGGCCAAAGCCGAGAAGAAGAGCGCCGAGGUGGGAGUCCAGGUGGAGUCUUGUAUGGGCAUGAAGAACCAGAUUGAGAAGGAGCAAGAUGCCGCCAACAGGGACCUCCAGGCCGCCCUGCCCUACCUCCAUGAGGCCGAGGGGGCUGUCAAGUCCAUCACAGCCAAGGACAUUACUGAGCUCAAGACCAUGAAGACGCCGUCAGACAUCAUCAGACUCGUCUUCGAUGGUGUGCUCAUCCUGCUCCAAAACAAGGUCAGGCCAAAGAGCUGCUCGACAGAGAGACGUCUUUCCCAUGUGUGCUGCAUCCCACACACCCUUUCAGGUGAUGGACGUGAAGGCCGAGUCCAAGGUGAUCAACAAGCAGCAAGUUGACUUCAUCCACGACUCCUUCGACGAGUACUCCAAGAGCAUGAUGAGCGACAUCAAAUUCCUGCCUAACCUCUUCGACUUUUCUCAAGUAAGAUGGCCGCCAACACACUCACCAACACAUUCGUACCCUUUUGUCUCACUCACAUGUUGUAGAACGAGAAGGACAACAUCAACGAUGAGACAUGCGAGCUGCUGGAGCCCUAUCUGUCGCUCGAGAACUUCAACCCGGCCAUCGCGAAGAAGGCAUCCAACGCAGCGGAGGGUCUGUGCAAGUGGGUGGGUGCGAUGAAGAUGUACCACGAGGCCGCCAAGAUCGUCAAGCCCAAGAUGGACUUCCUCAAGGUCCAGACGGGACGCCUUGAAGUGGCGAUGCGGGAACUGAAUGAGGCGCAGAGCGAGCUGGCCAAGGCGCAGGCCGUGGUCGAGGACCUCAACAAGCAAUUCGAGGAAGCUAUGGCAUCCAAGAACGCCCUGGAACAGAAGGCUCUCGCCACCAAAAGGAAGAUGGACCAGGCCAACAAACUCAUCAACGGGCUCGCCGGCGAGAAGGCAAGAUGGUAGGGUCAGCCACUCAUCACGUGUCUGUGCUGCACUGCCCUCGCUUCCUGUAUGUCAGGACUGAGGAUUCCAAGAACUUUGCUGAGCGCCGCAAGCGGCUGGUGGGCGACGUGUGCAUGGCUGCCGCCUUUAUCUCCUAUGUUGGCCCCUUCAACUCAGAAUACAGAGACAAACUCUACUCCGAGUACACAAACAGCUCGGCAACACGUAGCCUCACAACAUGGUCUGUGUGUGUGUGUGUGUCUGUGUGUGUGUGUUUGGCAGGUAUUUCCUGGCCACGUGCCACACAGUGCAGCUGCCUGCCUCGGAGAAGAUUGUCAUGACGGAGUGGCUCGUGGAUCAGGUCGGCAAUGCACAAAUCCCAUGUGCACCUCCAGCUCUCACUGGGUGAGGUGAGCGUUGCAGGCGACGAUUGGUGAGUGGAAUCUGGAGGGUCUGCCAUCGGAUGAGCUGUCCAUCCAGAACGGUAUCAUGGUCACCACCUCGGCCCGUUUCCCACUCAUGGUCGACCCGCAGGGUCAGGCCGUCCACUGGAUCAAGAAGCGGGAGGAGGCACGCAUGGAGGGCAUGUCUCAGUGCAUCACCACCAUCACAAACCCGCGGCUGAAGGACCAGCUGGAGUUUGUGAUGGGUGAGGGUAAGCCGAUGUUGAUCGAGGGCAUUGAGAACGACGUGGACCCCAUGCUCGAUCCCGUGCUGGAGAAGCAGAUCAUCAAGAAGGGCAAGAACCUCUACGUCACUGUCUCCGACCAGCAGAUGGACUACAACUCCAAGUUCAUGCUCUACAUGACCUCGCGGCUCGCCAACCCUCACUUCUCACCCGAGCUCUCCGCCAAGUGCGCCGUCAUCGACUUCACUGUCACCCUCAAGGGUACGAACAGGGGCACACUGACCGAAGGCCCCCCUCAAUCGCGGGCGUGUCCUUUUGUUGCCAUCAGGUCUUGAGCAGCAGCUGCUGGGUCGCGUGCUGUCGACAGAGCAGCGGUCGCUGGAGGAAUCGCUCAACCAGCUCAUCGAGGAGGUCACACAGAACACCAAGUCCCUCCAGGUCUGUGCCUGGAUACAACACACAACAGAUGCAUACGUGCGCACAGGAAGGGCACCGAAAGAAUUGGUCUCCGCCGUGUGCAGAUCCUGGACGCCCAGCUUUUGGAUCGUCUGUCGAACUCUGAGGGGAACCUUCUCGAUGAUGUGGAGCUCAUCGAAGUGCUCGCCAACACCAAGGCAAGCUGCCUCCCGGAAUCCACUUCCUCGUCUCAGAUGGUGAAUGGUGUUGAUGUCUCUUUCAUGUCAUCAGGCUAAGGCCAAGGAGGUAGAGCAGAAGCUGAAAGACGCCGAGGAGAAGAAGAUAGAGAUCAACGAGAAGCGAGAACAGUACCGCCCUGUCGCCACUCGCGGCUCCCUGCUCUACUUCUGCAUGGUGGAGGUGGCACUGGUGCAGUGGAUGUACAAUUCAUCACUCAACCAAGUCAGCAAACAGACAUCGCCACAAUGCUCGAAGGCUCAUAUGUGCACUUGUCUCUUCAUCUUGGUUAUCAGUUCCUGCAACAGUUUGACAUCUCCAUCAAUCGCUCUGAGAAGGUGCAGCCCACCAACAAGCGCGUGGAGAAGAUUGUUGAGUACCUCACCUACCAGGUGGAUACAUACAUGGCCACACACAUGACACCCGGUGGCGAGCCUCAUCACAUUUGUCCCCUGUGCAUGCAGGUAUAUCGUUAUGUGAACCGCGGUCUGUUUGAGCGCCACAAGAGGACGUUUGUCCUCAUGGUGGCCCUCAAGAUCAUGCUGGUCGCAUCCACACUCACAUCUGCCGACGUCGACAUCCUUCUCAAGGGCGGAGGCGCCCUUGACGAGAAGGCCGAGCGUCCGUGCCCGUUCAAAUGGCUUGGCCAGGACGCCAAGGUGUGGCUCAACAUCCUCCAGCUGUCCCGUCACGCCUUCGGCCAGGAGCAGCUGCUCUUCUUCAGAGAGCUCCCCGACUUCAUCGGCCGCAACGAACAGGCGUGGAAGAAGUGGUUCGAGGAGAACGAGCCCGAGAGCUGCCCCGUGCCAGACUACGAGGAGAGACUCGCCAUGGAGAAGAACGUCGGCCACUUCGCCAGACUGUGUCUCGUCCGCGCCUUCCGCGAGGACCGCACAGUGGUGGCUGCCAGCAUGUUCAUCGACGCUCAGAUGGACCCUAAGUACACAGCGCCUGUGACCGACAGCAUCGAGUCCAUCUGGCAAGAGUCGACCAACCGCGUACCCAUCCUGUACCUGCUCUCGCCCGGCGCCGACCCCACCAACACCAUCGACGAGUUCGCCAAGAAGAAGAAGAAAUUCCCCACAGACAAAGUCUCCAUGGGCGAGGGGCAGGAGAUCAUCGCACGGGAAAAGAUGAAGAAUGGCUUCAUCAACGGCGCAUGGGUGGUACUGCAAAACUGCCACUUGGGGCUGGGCUUCAUGGCCGAGAUCGAGAGCUUCCUCGGCAAGGUGGCCGAUGUCGACGAGGUCAGAGCAAACACGAUAACCACUUGAUCGAUCAUGAGGCGCCUAUCUACAUAGGAAAUGGCUGGUUCUGCCUGUCGUUCAGGACUUCCGGCUGUGGGUGACUUGCGAGCCGUCCCCUCGCUUCCCCAUUGGUUUGCUCCAGAUGGCGAUCAAGGUCACCAACGAACCACCGCUGGGCCUCAAGGCAGGGCUGCACCGCACCUACAGCACGAUGAUCCUGCAGGAGACGCUCGACAAAGUGGACCACGAGAGGUGGCGUCUCACGACAUUCAGCCUGGCCUUCCUGCACAGCGUGGUGCAAGAGAGGAGGAAGUUCGGGCCACUUGGUUGGUGCAUUCCAUACGAGUACAACUACUCCGACCUCGAGGCCUCGCUGCUCUUCCUCGAGAAACAUCUCUCAACCACUGUGCUGGUGAGAUAAGAGACAUGACCUGCUCAUGCGAGAUGGGAGAGGUAGGCCGUGUGUGUGUGUGUGUGUGUGACUGGUCGAUCAAUCAGGUCGGUCAGCCGUUGUCGUGGAACACGAUAUGCUACAUGAUAGCUGAGGUGCAGUACGGCGGCAGGAUUACUGACGAUCUGGACAGAGAGCUCUUCAUCACAUACGCGACCAAGUACUUCAACGACGAGAUAUUCAGGCCAACUUUCACAUUCAACACGCCCACUGGACAGGCCAACGAGUUCAUGUAAGAUCCAUCCAACCAACCAAAGCCCCCUCUCUGCUCUGCUCACCGCCCAUCUCAUUUCUCUCUGUGCGUUCGUUCAUGCAGGUACAAGGUCCCUGAAGGUUUGGAGAUCCAUCAGUACCGUGACUACAUCGAGACGGUGCCUGCCGUCGACAGCCCCACAGUGUUUGGCCUCCACGUCAACGCCGACCUCACCUACAGAAUCAAGGAGUCACAGGCAAUGCUCCUCACCAUCCAGGAGACACAGCCCAAAGACGCAGGGGCGGGCGGUGGCAAGACAAGGGAGGAACAGGUCAAGGAGCGCUGUUCCGAUUUGCUCGGCAAGAUGCCCGACGACUAUGUCGAAGAGAUCUUCCGCGAGCAAAUCAAGAAGCUCAAGGGGCCGCCAGGGUUGGCCGAGAAGGGAUUCCAGGCGCCGCUCAACAUCUUUCUAUUCCAAGAGAUCCAGCGGAUGCAGCGGAUCAUCGCCAUCGUCCGCAAGAACUGCAAGGACAUCAUCGACGCCAUCGAUGGGCUCAUCAUCAUGACACCCGACCUUCAGGUGAGCGAGACACGAUAUUGUGCACGAGCAUCAUGUCUCCUUUCCUCUGUGUGUUUCAUGCGUCCACACCAGGACGACAUGAACUCCCUGUUCGACACAAUGGUGCCCCGGAAGUGGCUGUAUGACCCCAGCGGUGCGGAGAUCUCCUGGCUGUCGCCCAACCUGGGCAAGUGGUUCACGGGCCUGCAGCAGCGUGUGGAGCAGCUGACCACCUGGCUCAACCAGGGACGGCAGAAGUCCUACUGGCUGACGGGCUUCUUCAACCCACAGGGAUUCCUCACUGCCAUGAGACAGGAGGUCACUCGCAACAGCCAUCAUUCAAGAAGGCUGAGCAGGGAGAUAGAUAGACCUCACGACAUAGCCUAUCUGUCUGCGUGGGCGUUGAUGUGUGUGUCAGGUGACGCGGCAGCACAAGAAGGACCAGUGGGCCCUCGACGACGUCGUCUUCCACACUGAGGUAUGUACGCUACGCACGAUGACACACAAAGCAAGCCCCCCGGUGUACAAGUACAAGUGUGUGUGCUUUUUUUGUGUGUAGGUUCGUACCUAUGACGUGGAGAAGGUGAAGGACGGUCCCGAGGAGGGCGUCAACAUCCACGGCCUCUUCAUCGAGGGAUGCAGAUGGCACUGGCAGGAGGGAAGACUAGACGAAUCGCUUCCCAGAGUACUCACGGACAAAAUGCCGGUACGUCAAACGAAAGGCGACACGAAAUGUCUCCCAACAGUGUGGGCCAACACAUCGCGACUCUGUCUGCUUGUUAUGCUGCCUUUGUCUGUGCAGGUGCUGUAUGUGACGGCGGUGACGACCAAGGAGAAGAAGAGCCGUGGGAUGGACUUUGGUCAGUACGGCCCCUACGACUGCCCCGUGUACAAGUACCCCAAGAGGACGGACAAGUACCUCAUCUUCAGAGUCAACCUCAAGACCGAGCAGCACCCUUCACACUGGAAACUCAGGGGCGCCGCACUGCUCUGCUCUGUAGACUAAGGGGGGCUGCUCUUCUUGCAUGCACGAUGCCAUCCUUUGCUAUCCCUCAUAUGGCAUUCAUUGAGUAUUCAUUGCUCACGGGGCGGCGGUAGUCGGUUUCUGCACUCCUCCUUGCUGCUGGGGCUUUCGCUUUCCUUCUGGUUUUCCUGAUCUAUUUGGGGUUCAUUCAGUGCUGUGCUGCAGUAGUGAGACGUCCAAUUUAUUGGCAGGACGCCGUGUGAGUGUGCAUGUGCCUUUGCAUGUAUGUUGGGCCACGCCCAUGUUCCCUUUGACAUUUGUCGUUCUUCGUGGUGCAUGUUGCAUGUACGUUGGGCAGCAUCGGGUAGCAGCCAUCACACUUUGGGGAGGCGUCACGUUACACUGGGCCCUUCAUUUAUCGCACACUUCAUUGUUCCGUGUCUCUCUGUCCAUGUGAAGUGACAGCAACAAUACGCACCAUCAAUGCUUGAGGCUUCC